AAGUAUUACGACAGUAGUUAUGGGGAAGGUAGAAUUUGAUGUGUGUGAAGCUUAUAAUGCAUGAUUGCACCCAUGAUGUAAUAGUUUCGUCAUGACCACGAAGAAAAAUAAUGUGGAAAAAACAAAAAGACAUAAGGUGGAAGACACACGAAAGAGGAGCUGUCAUGCAACUUGUAGAGAAAUCUCUUAACGUAUUUGAAAUGCUUAGAUUGCACAAUUGUUUUAUCUGUAUUGGUUGGCAAUCACUUUCAGAUUUUAUGAUUAUAAUGAAGGACAUACAGGACCUAAGAGAUUACGUAAACGAAAUAAUAACCCAUUUUCUUCCAAGAAAUUUAACUACAGUGGAAGCGUAUAACAUUUUAAAACUCGAUCUGAUACUGCAAGAUGGUGUGUUGAUUAGUGAUAAAGAUUUGCAGGCAGCUGACCUUCAUGAUUUCCUACAAAACGUUAUUGAAAUGUUAACGGAGUUCAUGACAGAGGUACAGGAAGACUUCGAAACUGACGAAAAUUUUGAACAGAUUGAAUCAUUAAGGUUAUUUGACUACUCUUCAGACAUUCCGGAAGAUAAUUAUCCAUACAAUCAAAUUCAAUUUCUGCCUUGAACUGUGAGGUGUUAAAUCUCGUAAUAACAUAAAAUACAAUGGACAAUACGAAUUUCCAUUGUAUUUUAUGAAAGAUGUAUUGUAUAAAGAUGCCUGGAAUGUGUCUGGAGGUAAUACGAAGUGUAAUGGAUGGCCCGCAUUCAAAUCCUGGUGUAAACUGACUUUUGUUUUUAAACAGACAUUUUAUCACAAUUUUAAAUGUAAAGUUGUAUUUAACAUUUUUUGAACUAGUAUCUUGUACUAUCAAAACAAAUUUUCAAAUUCCAUAAUGAUUGAU